ACGAGCCACCCGAGGCCUGGGCAUGGAGACCCGGAGCUGGGCUCACCGGAGCCGGGAGGAGCAGAGCGAGGAGAGGCGGCACAGCCUGCACAUGGCCUCCUCCGCCCGCAAGAGGAAGUUCAAGACCAGUGAGGAAGCGGAGCAGUUCAGCGCCUGCGACUACUCCAUCGCGGCCGCCCUGGCCUUGACCGCGGCCCCGAACGCGUCGAGGGAAAUCAAUCUCAGGAUGGACAGGUCGGAGAUGGAGCUGGAGAAGAGAGACCAGAAGACGGUGCUGUUUGGGAACGACUUGGAGAAGAUGGAAAACGCGGUCCUCUGGAGCUGCCGGCGGCUGCGGAUAAAGACGGACUACAGCUGGCUGAGGAGGAGGACUGAGAAGAAGAGCCGCGAAGGCAAGGAGCUGAUAGAGCUGAGCCGGAGCCUCCCGCCGACCUUCUGGAUCCCGCUCCGCUCUCACGCCGUCUGGGAGAGGAUGGGGGUGGUCCUGACUUGCGUCGUCUCGGCCUCCCCGCCUCCACGCGUCACCUGGUACAGAAACGAGGAGCCGAUCGACCCCAGGCAGAGCCCCGCCGGGAAGUACCGCGUGAAGAACCGGUCCGGCGUGCUGACCCUGGAGAUCAGCUGGUGCACCGUCGAGGAUUCGGGGAGGUACAGUGUGAUCGUGACCAACUCCUACGGGCAGGCCUCCUCUUUCGCCAAGGUCCUCAUCCGCAAGUAUCACGGGAAGGAGUCGGGAUUCGACUCGGAGAUAUUUAAAAGGUCACCGUUGGGCCCGGAGGCGGAGUUCACCUCGACGCUGCGGCCGGUGUUUGCUCGGGAAAAGGAAGCGUUCUCCCUCUCCUGCUCUCUCUCCCGGGAUCUGUCGGAAGACCGGCGGGCCGUCCAGUGGUUCCGAGACGGGUCGCCGUUGCCGGACUCAACGCGGAGGCAGAGCCGCUACGGGCCCCGGGAGGCCUCGCUGACCGUGUCGUGCGCUUUCAAAGAGGACGAGGGGUUCUACACGGUCCGCCUGCCGGCCUUCCCCGCCGCCCAGGAGCAGAGCACCUAUGUGUUUGUCGGGGACGCGGCGGCGGAGACGGCGGGGGCCCCGGGGUCUCCCCUGGACGUCCGGUGCCACGACGUGAACGGAGACUGCCUCGUCCUGACCUGGCUCCCGCCCAGCGACCACGGCGGCAGCCCCGUCGUCGGCUAUUCAAUCGAGAGGUGCCAGGGGGACAGCGGGACCUGGCUGCCGUGUGGCUGGGCCCCAGGCCGGACCUGCAGGUUCCCCGUCGGGGGGCUGACGGAGGGCCAGACCUACCGCUUCCGUCUGAGGGCCACCAACGCGGCCGGCGCCGGUCUGCCCUCCAAGGCCUCGAGGCCCGUCACCCUGAGGGACCCCGGCGAGGCCGACAGGAUCACGGAAAUCCCUUUCGAUUUCGGGAACAAGAUCAUCAUCAACAAGGAUGAGAUCGAAGAACCGGUCACCAUCCCUCUGCCGCCCACCAACGUCCGCGCCCUGGAGGUCCGGGAGGGCUACGUGGUCCUGGCCUGGGACGAGCCGGCCCCGCGGGGCCGGGCACCGCUGAGUUACGUGUUGGAGAAGUCGGUGGCCGGCAGUGACCUGUGGCAGGGGGUGAGCCAGGAGGCCCCCGUGUCGUCGCCCAGGUUCGCCCUCCUGGACCUGGAGGCGGGGAAGACCUAUCGCUUCCGAGCGCGGACCCUGAAUAGGCACGGCCUGAGCGACCCCUCCGCACCCAGCGGGCCCGUCUCCCUGGCCGGGAAGCUCGCAACUCUCCCGCCUCCGGCCCGGGUGCAGGCCUUCAGAGACACCAACACGUCCGUCUCCCUGCACUGGGAAGAGACAGAGGACCUCUCGGGACACUUCGGCUACUAUAUCUAUUCCCGGGAGACGGGGGCCACGGAGUGGCAGACUGUCAACAACAAACCCCUCCAGGGGAACAAGUUUACGAUCCCAGGGCUGCGCACCGGGAAGGAAUACGAGUUCUGCGUCCGGUCGGUCGGCGAAGCCGGGGUGGGGGAGGACGCCGCCCGGUCCGAGCCCCUCACCGUUAAGCAGGCCAUCGCCACACCGUCGGCGCCCUACGACUUCGUGCUCCUGGCCUGCGGGCGGGACCACAUGGUCAUCGGGUGGAAGCCGCCCCGGCGCCGCGGGGGAGGCAAGAUCCUGGGCUACUUCCUGGACCGGCACGACGCCUCCGAGCCCCGGUGGCGGCCCGUCAGCCGGGCACCCGUCUCGACCCGCGUUUGCAAGGUGAGCGGGCUGAGCGAGGGCCACUUCUACGAGUUCCAGGCCCGCGCGGUCAACCUGGCCGGGGUCGGGGAACUGUCCGCACCCAGCGAACUGUUCGAGUGCUCGGAGUGGACGACGGCUCAGCCGGGGCCCCCCUACGACCUGAGGGGCACCGAGGUGAGGGACCACUCCCUGCUGCUCCUCUGGGAGCCGCCGCUCUACCCGGGAGCGAGCCCCGUCACCGGCUACCGCGUGGAAGUCAGCCAAGAGGGAUCCAGUGAGUGGAAGGAGCUCGGGACGGAGCCCGUCCGGACCCAUCGCCUGAAGGUGUCCGAUCUGGAGCCGGGGAAAAGUUACCUGUUCCGGGUGCGAGCAGUGAACGCCGCCGGGGAGGGCCCGCCUUCCGUGCCCUGCGAUCCGGUCCUCAUGGAGACCAGGCCAGGGACCAGAGAGCUGGAGGUGGGCGUGGACGAAGAGGGCCGAAUCUUCCUGGCUUUCGAAGCCCCCGAGGCGCCCGACUCCUCCACCUUUCAGUGGGCCAAGGACUACGAGGGGCCGCCGGACCCCAAGAGGGUGGACGUUGAAGACAAAGCCGGCAAAUCUAAAGUCAUCCUGAAAGAGCCAAGCGAGAAGGACCUAGGGACAUAUUCCGUGGUGGUCACCGACGCCGACGAGGAUAUCUCCGCCAGCCACACGUUGACAGAGGAAGAACUGAACAGGCUGAAGAAACUGAGCCAUGAGAUCAAAAAUCCAGUCAUCCAGCUGAUCUCCGGGUGGAACGUUGACUUCCUCGACAAGGGGGAGGUGCGCCUGUGGCUGCAGGUGGAAAAGUUAUCGCCGGCCGCCGAGCUGCACCUCAUCUUCAACAACCGGGAGCUUACGUCUUCGCCGACCCACAGGAUCCAGUUCGACAGAGAAGGGGGUCUGGUGGAACUGGUGAUCCCCGACUUCUCGGAGAAGGACAGGGGCACGUACACGGCUCAGCUCCGAGACGGGAAGGCCCGAAACCAGAUCAGCCUGGCUCUGGUGGACGACAGUUUUGACAAGGUUCUGAAGGAAUCCUCGGACAAGCGCAGGGACUGGAAGAAAAAGCAAGGCCCCUACUUCUCGGAGGCUCUGCGGUGGAAGGCCACCGACGACUGCCGCCUGCUGCUCACCUGCCAGGCGACAAACACCAAGAAAGAGACCCGCUUCCAGUGGCUCCUCCAGAAACGGGAGCAUCCCGAGGGCCGGUACGACGCCCAGAGCGGGGCCGCGCUCCUAGGCCUGGAAAAGCUGACCAAAGACAACAAGGGAGUGUACAGCGCCAUGGUGUCCGAUGACCGAGGGGAGGAUGAGACCACGCUCGACCUCACGGGCGCAGUGUGGGACGACAUCGUCCGGGAGCUGUGCAGGAUCAGCGCGCUGUCGGCCACCCCGCUGACGAUCCGGGGCACCGUCGAAGGCAUCGAGAUCUUCAGCCGGGUCAAGUUCUACGACCCAGAGUUCCUGAAAACCACCUGGUACCACAAGGACAAGCGCCUGGACAGCGGGGACCGGGUGAAGGCCGGCAGCCUCGGGGCCGAGGUGUGGCUCCGCAUCCUCGAUCCCAAAGACUCCGAUCGGGGGAAGUACACCCUGGAACUACUGGCUGGGAAGGAGGCCCGGAAACUGACCGCAGACCUAUCCGGCCAAGCUUUUGAUGACGCCAUGGCCGAGCACGAGAGACUGAAAGCUGCGGCGAUAAUAGAGAAGAACCGUGCCAAAGUGGUGAAGGGGCUGCCCGACGUGGCCACCAUCAUGGAAGACAAGACGCUGUGCCUGACGUGCAUCGUCUCGGGCGAGCCGGCGCCGGAGAUCUCCUGGCUGAAGAACGACCGGCCGGUGGCCUUCGGCGAGCGCUGCCGCAUGGAGACGAAGGGCCCGGCGGUCACCGUCACCAUCGACAAGGUGCAGAGCGAAGACAGCGGCCGCUACGCCAUCUUCGUCAGGAACCAAUAUGGCGCCGAGGAGGGCCACGUGACCAUCAGCGUCUUCAAGCACGGCGAGGAGCCCGGCCCGCUGCGGCCGGAGUGAGCUCACCCGCGCCCCCUGCCGGCCGCCCCGCCGCCGGUACCACGGCACCAGAGCGGGGGGGGUCCCCUCAUCCUCGCCCCCUUUCUGGCCACCCGCAACCCCCUCCGUACCUCCCCCCGACCCGCUUCGAAAUACUAAUGUAGUGUUAGAAUUCUG